UUUAUUCUAUUUUAAUAAAGCGAAUAAGGUUCCCUUCUGCCUGAGCGGAUUCCUUCCUCCUCCACCAUGGCCGGGGACAGGAGGAGAUCGGUCCAUCUCGUGGAGAUGGGCGGUCUCUUUGGCCGCCGAGGCCACCCUCCUCCGGCUGAACCUACCUCCGUCGGCGGCGACGACGAUGGCUACUCGAGGAUGGUCUAUUGCAACGGUACGGCGAGCCCUGAGUCGUUGGAUCUGGACUAUCCCGACAACACGAUCUCCACAACCAAGUAUACGGUGGCCAAUUUCGUACCUAAGUCCCUAUUCGAGCAAUUCCGGAGAGUGGCCAACUUCUUCUUUCUCAUAGUAGCUUGCAUCUCUUUCAGCCCGCUUGCUCCGUAUCGGGCCGUCAGUGUGCUCCUCCCCCUUGUUUUCGUCGUCGGUGCGACUAUGGCGAAGGAGGCCAUCGAAGAUUGGCAGCGGAAGAAGCAGGAUAUAGAAGUCAACAAUCGGAAGGUUAAUGUCUAUGAUGGAGCUCAUUCUUUUUACCAAACAGAAUGGAAGAAACUUAGAGUUGGAGAUAUUGUUAGGGUGGAGAAGGAUGAAUUUUUCCCUGCUGAUCUACUUUUGCUUUCUACAAGUUACCAUGAUGGUGUUUGCUACGUAGAGACCAUGAACCUUGACGGAGAGACAAACUUAAAACGUAAACAGAGCUUGGAAGUGACUUCAACCUUGCACAUUGAUGAGAAUCUCCAGAAUUUUAAAGCAUUAGUCAAAUGUGAAGACCCAAAUGAAAAGUUGUACUCCUUCAUUGGGGUUCUGACUAAUGAAGGUGUGCAAUAUCCCCUCAGUCCCAAACAAAUUCUGUUGAGAGAUUCUAAACUUAGAAAUACUCAUCAAGUUUAUGGUGCUGUAAUUUUCACUGGACAUGACACAAAAGUAAUGCAAAAUGCUAUGGAUCCUCCUUCAAAGAGAAGUAACAUAGAGAGGAGAAUGGAUAAAAUAAUUUAUGUACUUUUUACUUCUCUGGUUUGUAUUUGCUCCAUUAGUUCUAUCUUCUUUGGCAUCAAAACAAAACAAGAAAUUAAUGCUGGAAGCUAUAGGUGGUAUUUGAGACCAGAAAAAUCAUCAAUAUUCUAUGAUCCUAAUAGGACAACUUUGGCUGCCUUUUUUCACUUUCUGACAGACCUUAUGCUAUAUGGGUGCUUGAUUCCCAUUUCAUUGUAUAUAUCCAUAGAGAUAGUUAAGGUUUUGCAAAGCAUGUUCAUAGACCGCGAUCAGGAAAUGUACUGCGAGGAGAGUGAUAAACCUGCACGUGCUCGGACAUCAAAUUUAAAUGAGGAACUUGGACAAGUUCAUACCAUACUCUCAGACAAGACAGGUACACUUACAUGUAACUCAAUGGAGUUUGUGAAAUGUUCAAUAGCUGGUAUUUCUUAUGGCAGUAAAUCAUGUGAGGCAGAGAACAAUCUUUCAAGAGUCACAGAAUAUGAUUCAUCUGAACUUCAUGAUAAACCCGUUGAUUUAAUGAGGCAUAAUACUCAAGGAUUUCUGGAAAGGUCACCCAAAGGCUUUAACUUCAAAGAUAACCGGUUAAUGCAUGGACAAUGGAUUAAAGAACCUAAUUCAGAUAUAAUAGAGAAAUUCUUUCAGGUGUUAGCAAUCUGCCAUACAGCAAUUCCUGUUGUGACUAAAUCUGAUGAGAUUGUUUAUGAAGCUGAGUCACCAGAUGAAGCUACUUUUGUUACAGCUUCUAGGGAGCUUGGCUUUGAGUUCUACAAUAGAACUCAGACAAGCAUCUCAUUGCAUCAGUUUGAUCCUAAAACUGACAGAAAGGUUGAUAGGACAUAUGAACUUCUCAACACCUUAGAAUUUAGUAGUGGUCGCAAACGAAUGUCAGUAAUUAUAAGGACUGAAGGGGACCAGUUAUUGCUCCUUUGCAAGGGUGCUGACAGUGUCAUUUUUGAGAGGCUUGCUGAACAUGGAAAUUUAUUUGAACAUAAUACCAAGCGCCACAUCAGUGAAUACUCUGAGUCAGGUCUACGAACAUUGGCAGUUGCUUACCGUGUACUAAGUGCAGAAGAAUACAUAACAUGGCAUGAGGAGUAUCUCAAGGCAAAAAAUUCAAUAAAUACUGAUCAUGAUGCAAUUGUGGAUGAAGUAGCUGACAGGAUUGAGAGAGACCUUAUCCUUUUAGGUGCUACAGCUGUUGAGGAUAAAUUACAGAAAGGGGUUCCAGAGUGUAUUAACAAACUUGCACAAGCUGGAAUUAAUAUCUGGAUUUUGACUGGUGAUAAAUUGGAAACUGCAGUUAAUAUAGGGUUUUCUUGCCAAUUAUUGCGCAGAGGAAUGGAACAGCUCAUAAUCACUCUUGAUCAAUCUGAUAUUAACGCUUUAAAGAAAAAUGGUGGAAGGGAUGCUGUUGAAAAGACUUUGCAUGAAAGUGUUACCAAGAAAAUACAUGAAGCACGAUUCAGAGUUUCUAAAAUGGAAGGAAGUGGUGUUCCCUUUGCUCUUAUUAUUGAUGGUGACUCUCUGGCCUUUGCUUUUUCAACUAGUCUGGAGCACCCUUUUUUGGACCUGGCAGUUAGCUGUGCAUCUGUUAUUUGUUGUCGAACAUCACCAAAGCAGAAGGCUCUUGUAACAAGACUGGUGAAGAGAAAAACCAGAAAAAUUACACUUGCGAUUGGUGAUGGAGCCAAUGACGUUGGCAUGCUUCAAGAGGCUGACAUUGGUGUUGGUAUCAGUGGAGUUGAGGGCAUGCAGGCUGUCAUGUCUAGUGACUUUGCGAUAGCUCAGUUUCGUUUCUUGGAGCGUUUGCUCCUUGUUCAUGGGCAUUGGUGUUAUAGACGUAUCUCAGCCAUGAUAUGCUACUUUUUCUACAAAAACAUAACGUUCGGCUUUACUCUCUUCUGGUUUGAGGCCCAUGCUUAUUUCUCUGGACAGCCUGCUUAUAAUGAUUGGUUCAUAUCAUUCUAUAGUGUUGCCUUCACAUCCCUUCCAGUUAUUGCACUGGGUGUUUUUGAUAAAGACGUUUCUGCCCGUCUUUGCAUAAAGUUUCCCAAGUUACAUCAGGACGGUAUUCACAACAUCUUCUUCAGCUGGCCUCGCAUUCUUGGCUGGAUGUUCAAUGGAGUUUGCUGUUCUCUGAUCAUCUAUUACUUCACGACGGGAGCCAUAUUUCAUCAAGCAUUCCGCCAGGAUGGUCGUGCGGCAGGCUCAGACAUCCUCGGAGUAACAAUGUACACUUGCGUAGUGUGGACAGUGAAUUGCCAAUUAGCAAUCUACCUCAGCUACUUCACAUGGAUCCAACACUUCGUUAUAUGGGGAAGCAUCCUAGUUUGGUACAUUUUCCUAGUGAUUUAUGGUUUCUUCCCGCCAAUGAUAUCCUCGAGUGCAUACCAGGUUUUUCUGGAAGCCUGCGCUUCAAGUCCUCUUUAUUGGAUGACUACUCUCUUCGUCGUUAUUUCUGCCCUACUACCUUACUUUUUCUUCUCCACCAUACGAGAUACCUUAUUCCCCAAGUAUCAUAACUUAAUUCAAGGACUGCAACUGAUGCCUGCGAUAUAUUUUGCACGCUAGAUCGUCAAUUAGUUUCCCUUAAUUUUGUCAGGCAUCUCCUUUUGUAAUACUACAUAAAUGUAGUUCUGUCGGAAAUCUUCUCAUACAACUCAUAGAUAUAUAUGCUGCCAAUAUAUAUAUAUUCAGGCUUUGCUGAUAGAUUAUACAAAAUUUUCAAUAUUGUAUCGGUGAUGAAUAUAUGGAUUUACCAGUUGCACCUAUAAAUACACACUCAUCAUAUUUAUAAUCAUUCGUUAUGUUGCCUAAGUUUUAAUUCUGAUCGAGAUCUUCGUGACUGAAAUUAAAAUUGUACCUCUGCAAAUUGUGCAGGAAAUGGUAAAUUAGUUUUCAAAUGUUCAUUCCCAAUCAUACAUAAAAAUUUGCCCAAGUCAGGAGGUGUCCCUGGAGAACCUGCAGAAGACGCGUACCCCUUCAUCAGGAUUGCAGUGGAAAACCAGUUCCUGAAAAGCCAGUGGGAGAUUCCUAAUUUCCUACGAUUUCGUCAGAGGACAAUUCAAGACAUGGUCAAGGGAGGAGAUGAUACGUCUUCUGACGCAGUGAAGAGUUCAGAGAGAAAUGCGAGGAGAGUUGCCACUUGGCGCCUCGAAUUAACACAAAUUAAUUUCGAGGGCGGUCAGCUUGAAUCCGAGUCCGGUCCUCCGGUUUCUCCGACCCAACCAUCUUAUCGUGUUCCGGCGAGUCAUCUGAACCGAUCCCCUCCUGGACAGCUAGCGAUUAUAUAACUCCCCUCUCAAUUCACAAUUAACACAGAAUCCGAAACGCUUUUCCGCAGCACUCUACGAUCGAUCACGCGCUAAUCAAGAAGGUCCGCGCAAAUGGAGAGGUUGACCUUCGGCUUCGAAAGCUUCAAGAAAGACGUCUACGAG